AUGUCAAAGCACAGGAAUAAGUUUAUUGCUGUGGUAGAUAAGGCAAUGACUGAUGCUGAAAAAAUGGCACCAGAAGAACUGAUGUUUUCUUAUAAGGGGAUUUUAUACCCAACCACUGUUUGCAAUCCAGAAGCCUUCAAAGCUCUUGAAUCCUUUGAAGCAAGGAAGGAUGAUGUGUUUCUAGCAGGAUAUCCCAAAUCUGGUACAAACUGGGUUGGCCAAAUCUUAACUGAUUUAGUACUAACAUCUGCAAAGCACAAUGAAGAGUAUGAUAGCCUAGAUGAUGAAGAACUGGAAGAAUUUCCCUAUCUUGAAGUUGGGGAUGCUGAGAAAUAUCAGAGAAUGACAAAUUUGCCUUCUAGAAGAGUUAUAUUUACACAUCUUCGUCCUGAAAAUCUUCCUGCAUCUAUUUUCAGCAACAAAGCCAAGAUACUAUUGUUGCUUCGAAAUCCAAAAGAUGUUGCUACAUCUUUUUAUCAUUUUACCAAUAAAUUGGCUCCUCUUCCAUCUUUCAAGAGCUGGGAUGACUUCUUCACAGCUUUUAUGAAUGGACAAAUGCCCUGGGGCUCUUAUAUUGACUAUGUUUCGGAAUGGAAUAAGCAUGCUGAUGAUGAAAAUAUCAUGACGAUCACUUAUGAGGAGCUGAAGGAGAACAGGGCUUUGGGAGUGAAACAGAUAAGUGAAUUCUUUGAGCUGAACCUAACCAAUGAAGAGAUUCAAGGGGUUGUAGACAGAAGCAGCUUCCAGGCUAUGAAAGAAAACUCUGAAAAAACUCAUGGUGCAUUUGGCAAUGUUCUUUUCCGCAAAGGUGGUGUUAGUGACUGGAAGUCCCUUUUCACUGAAGAUCACAACCGAGAAAUGGACGCAACCUUUGAAGAACAUUUAAGUGAAACUAAAUUGGGAAGAAAGUUAAAGUAUGGAGUCUAUUGCAAGGUUUAAUGUCUACAACAGCUGAAGCAUUAUCUCCAUAUGCUACAAUCUAUUCAUUGCUCUGUGUGUGUGUGAGUGUGUGUGUGUGUGUGUGAGAGAGAGAGAGAGAGAGAGAGAGAGAGAGAGAGAGAGAGAGAGAGAGAGAGAAUGAGAAUAGGCAGUCAGGUCACAAACUAGCAAAGAUGAAAAUAUCUGAAAUAAUGCCUCAUCUUAAGAACAUGGUACACAUGUUGCCCCAUGAAUUAGUGCAAAGAAUAGGAUAUACCAACAUCUUCCAGAAAUCAUGGGUGAAAUAUGUAAUACAUAUGUAAUACAAAAGAGAGCUCACAGCAGGUCCUCACUGAGGUGAGCCCAGAUUCCUCCCAUCCGGGCAUCCCAGUGAACCAAAUACUGACCCAGCAAUCAGUCUUGCCCCUCCAUCCAUAGCAGGUUGACUUUUUAUUUUUUAAGUUGUCACAUAUACAUUUCUCCAUUCAUCAGUUCCUUCAUUUCCUUAUUAAUGUAAGUGGGGUGCAGGGUGGGUGGAAUUUAAGUCCAAGACUCCUCCAGGUAUUGGGCAGGAAAUAUUUCUAGGUAAUAAAUAUGGCCACCAUUUCAUCAGUGCUGCUACAAACUUGCAGAACUGGUUUUUUGAAGCAUUCUACCUUGGAAAGGAAAGGUACCAUAGGACUGAAUACUGAGGACACUUUCAUGUGGUGAGGGUACUUUUCCAUGCACUCCCACUGCUCUGCAAAUGUGACAUCUAUCUCCAGUCCAGAUUAUACUCUUCUGAAUAAAAUUCUCUUUCUUUUACUAACAAUUUAUUAACAUAAUUUGCAUACUUUAUUUAUUUUAUUUGAUUUAUUUGAUUUAUAUACCAUCCUUCCAAAAAUGACUAAGGGCAGUUUAUAUUAAAUCCCCCCCCAAACCCCCCUAAACAAUUAAAAUCAAAACUGAAUCAAUUAAACAAUUAAAAUCAUUUAACAAUUAAAUUAAACAAUUUAAUCAUUUAAUCAUUUAAACAGCAGUAACAGUAAUCAUAACAACAUUAUCUUUUGCUUAGUGUGUAUUAUCUUUUGCCUAAUCAUGCAGUGGCAUCUGAAAAAUAACCACAAGUGUAUAUUGCACAAACCUUCUGAAUUGUAAAGAUUCCUCAUGUUUAUGUACUGCACUAGGCGCAUCAUGUUUGUUUUUAAUAUUGUUUUCUUCUACAAACAUUUGUGUCUAUAAUAUCACCCCAAAAUAGAUGAAAUGGUUGCAUUUUUAUGGCUCCACAUUUUAAAAAACAAAUUAUAAAUAUUGAUCCAAACAAAAUAAGAGCAAUUUUAAUUUUAAACAGUUUGUUUAGAAGUUUAGAAUAGCAGUAACACUUGGCCGCCUGGUAAAACUUAGAUGCUGAUCAGUACUCUCUCCUUUUACAUUGGUUUUGCAAAAAUAAAAUACAUGCAAUCAAAAAUAAAAUGUGCUACUACUAUUUCAGUUCUUGACAGCAACAGUUUUUGAUCAAUUUGUGCAUAAGUGUGUGUCUCCACAGAUUGCUCCUGUAUUUUUCCACACCACCACAAUCCACCCUAAUAUUGUUUAGUGGAGACAUUUCACUUCUUCAUAGAACCAUUUCAUGGUGGGUUGGAGGGCUGGCAAGCUCCUAACACAUCAUUGGCACACAAGCUGCACUUCCGUUCGGGUCUGCCAACCCAGCAAACAGAUGAACUAGGUAGCCACAGGGUCCAUUGCUGAACUCAGCAGAUGCAAGUCCAGCUCCUCCAUGGAAAGUCCUCCACAGGCCCCUUUGCCCAGAGGUACACCUAGGUAAUUUUGGAGCCUGGACCUAAAGACAUUUGAAGCUUGGCCACCCCGACCACGCCACCAUUGCAAGUUAAGCAUCAUCACCCUACACAUGCACACCCUGACACAUGAAAUAUGUUUAACACAUGGGUUUUUGAGGGCACGAACAGCAAAUGAACUCAGAAGAAUGUAAGAAUAUAAAGCAGGUAUAUUUAUGCAAAUAUGCAUUAGCAGAAACAUUUCAACACACAAUGUAACAUAUUCCCAUUCCACAUAUUUCUUUCUCCACUUCCCGCUCUGUCUCUGAAGCACCUGCCGCCAGUCACAAUCACACUUGGCCGCCUGGUGCCGUGCGGGCCAGCGGUGUGGACCAGUGACCAAACCACCCAAGACAGACUAAUGAGGAUUAGGAAGGUGUGUGGAGGCCCUGGACUUCAGCCCUGAAGUCCACUGGUAAGAGCACCCCUGCCUCUGCCUUUCCAGCAUACUUUGCAGUACCAGCAGACUGGAAAGCUUCAUGACAAUAGUGGCUGCCCUCCCAUUGACCAUAAAGGAACAGGAGGUAGACACAGUCCUGCCAAAGCUGCUUCAGCUUCAGAAUAAUAGACUACAAGGCUAUUCACAUGAUUGUAGAAAAUCCUACAAUCGUGUGAACCACCAGGCUCGGCUGCGAGCCUGGUGGUUCUUGAGCAGGUAACCCGCCUGUUAUGGGCACCCCAAAAUAUUAAUACGUAUAUAGAAUUCAGGCCUGUGUCUGAUUUCUUUUUAUAUUAAGAGUUCAAUUAAAUGCCUGAACUUGAGGUGAAUUGACAUACUAGAUCUCAGCUGCUCUGUGAAGGAGGAGGCAAUCCAGCAUUGUAUUGUGAAAUGGCUACUCAAGGGAGUACAAAAGCCAGGCCUGAAUGCUGAAUGCUAUAUCCAAAUGCUAAAAUGUGACUCACUACCAGAUAAUGUCUGUGGAAGAGGCCAGAGGCUGACCUCCCCUUUCCUGUUGCAAGAAGCCAGCGUUAAUCCUUGUCAACGAUUAACUCAAUUGCUCUCUAUAGAGAUUCAACUUAGGUAAAUGCAUACAAAGCAAACACCUGUAGACUUUACAGGAUGCUUCUGCCUUAGUCAAAUGUAUUGAUUAAUUCGUCUCACACAUGUACCCCUUUUUAUGUUACUUUAAAUAUUCUCUUGUUAUAAUUACACACUAGAUAGAGGUACACAAGAAAUAAUGUAAUUGCUGUCUCACACAAAUAGAACUAAUUCUCUCACUAACUCCUGACUUUUAACACCUUUUGGGAAGAUGCCAUUGUAGCUCAGAGAUGCAGAUUUGCUUUGGGCAAUGUCCCCCCCCCUUCUAAGUGCACAGUUUAGAGAAGAUGAGAUUGAGAUCUCUCUGGACUGGCCAAUAUCCUGAAUAAUUAAAAAGACAUUAUCCAGAAGGUAGCAGCAAGUUGUCACCUUUUUGAGGACCCAGGAAAAGAUGAGAUUUGAAUAGACUCUAUGAGAGAUCAAAGGAAAAUGCACUAUAAAGAAUGAGGCUACUGGACAGAGAGUGUGCAGUCUUGUGCCUACGGGCAAUCUUUUGCCUACAGUAAGAGCUGCUCACAAGGAUCCCCGAGUUUGCUGCUAAGCCGCGGGGAACAAGCAGGAACUCUGUCCAUGGACAGGAGCUGUCUGUGACUUCUACUGCGCAGUGAGAAGUCAAGACUUCCCCAGCCAUGGUGCUCUGGCUCUCAGCCGUGAUCUGAGCAACUGCAAAUGCUCCUGUCUCCAGCCAAGAAGCCUCGCUCCUUCAGCGGAAAGAUCCAGCGUUCUCAAAUCUCUGGUCCUGGUAAUAUGCUGCUCCUUACAAGUCUUGGGCCCCUCCAUCUUUUCCCCUCCUUCUCCUUCCCCCACCCUUUUCCUCUACUAAUUCCUGAACCAUGCCAGCCCUCAGCUUUCCUUGCACCCCCCCCCCCUUUCCCAUCUAUAUCUGAAGUGUAUUAAGCUCUAGGAAGAUUUAAUGCACACACAUAUGUUAGUUAGGAACACGUUGAAUAUUGGUGCUGGCUAGGAUGUUCUGUUUAAAUGCUGUUAGUAAUAUAUUGAUAGAGUGUUCUGCUUUCUGCUAGACUAUGUGUUAUUCUUUUAUACUCAAUAAAGCCCAUUGAAUCUUU